AAAACCAUUUUCUUGGUGCUCUUUCUUGUCCCCCCAACUGUAAGAAGAAAUUUCAAUCAGAGUCCAUGUGGAGUGUUCAAUUAUUGAAUCUUUUGAAAUUUUCUCCCUCACCCACUUCCUUUUUUCUCUCCAUUUCCCAACAUUUCUUAGGUUUUUUUCUCUGUUCUUCACUGUUCUUAUUGAUUUCCUUCGUAUUCUAGGGCUUCUUCCCCUUUUCCUGUACUUUCAAAUCCUUUACCCCAAACCCUUUUAAUCUGUUCUUCUAACUUUUUUUGAUCUGGGUUUUGAUGAUUAAUGUUUUUUGUUUGGUGAAUCGUUCUUGGUUUUGGGUAUUUGGGUAUUUUCCUGUUGAUUUGUGAAGAACAGGAACAGAUCUUGUUGUGUUCUUCAUUGUUAUGGAGUCGAUGAACUCAUCUUCCCCUGUUGGAUCGAACUUGGAUUCCUUCAAUGGCGUCCCUCCAACUUUGUUGUGUACAGAUGUGAGUGUUGUUCCUGAGCAUCAAAACACUGAGCUCCAGAAAUCAAUACUCAAUCUAGAAGGUGAGAUUGAACAAUUGAGAUUGAAGUUGAGCGUGUCGAACGAGAAGCGUAGAGACGCAUUGAAUAAGAUUCUAGACAUUAAAGGUAGUAUUCGUGUGUUUUGUCGUGUUCGUCCGUUUUUACUGACGGAUCGGAGAAGAAUUUGUGAGCCCGUUUUGUUGGAACGAGAUAAGGUCAAGGUUCGAUCGUCGGGAACUAGAAAGGAAUUCGAAUUCGAUAAGGUUUUUUGUAAAGAAGCAUCCCAAGAGGAAGUCUAUUCUGAGGUCGAACCGAUAAUCCAAUCCGCUCUUGAUGGUCGAAAUGUAUGUAUAAUAGCUUACGGUCAAACGGGUACGGGCAAGACAUAUACCAUGGAUGGUAGAAUGGAGGAGCCGGGAAUAGUCCCCCGUGCGCUUGAGAUGCUCUUUCAAACGUCCAUGGGCGCCUCGUCGACCGUAACGUUUUCCAUGAGUAUGUUGGAGGUUUACAUGGGUAGUUUGAGGGACCUGCUGGCUCCAAAAGCAGGCUCAAGAAUGUAUGAACGAUGCAAUCUCAACAUUCAAACAGAUCAAAAGGGAUUCGUUGAGAUCGAGGGCCUAACCGAAGUCCCGAUACCCGACUUUGAAAAGGCUAAAUGGUGGUAUAAUAAAGGAAGACGGGUUCGAUCGACUUCGUGGACUAAUGUGAAUGAAACAUCUAGCCGAUCACACUGCUUAACAAAGGUCACCAUGUAUCGUUGCGUGGACGGUUCAAAAGCUAAAACCGAAGUAAGCAAACUAUGGAUGGUGGAUUUGGGAGGAAGUGAAAGAUUGUUGAAAACCGGGGCAUGUGGUCUAACGCUCGACGAGGGAAGAGCGAUAAAUCUUUCUCUUUCGGCUUUGGGUGAUGUUAUUGCAGCUCUAAGGAGGAAGAGGGGUCAUGUUCCUUACAGAAAUAGCAAGCUAACUCAAAUACUCAAAGAUUCCUUAGGUGACGGUUCAAAGGUGUUAAUGCUUGUGCAUUUAAGUCCUUGUGAAGAAGAUGUUGCAGAGACGAUAUGCUCGUUAAGUUUUGCAAAGAGAGCACGAGCGAUCGAAACGAGUCGAGAAUUACAGGAGGACUCGAAGAAGCAAAGAGAGAAAAAAAUUGCAAUGCUGGAUGAAACCAUGAAGGAAGCUCAGGAGGAAUGCCAAAAACUCAAGAACCAAAUACAGAAAGCCGAGUUUCUAUUAAGCGAAAACAAGAAGCGAUUUUCUACCGAGCAUCAUCCAUUCGUCGAAACUCCAAACACGAACCAUAUAGCGCUCGGGGAAGAUCAGAAGGAAGUCAUUGUCACUCCAAGAAAGCCUAAAGUUUCAAGUAAAAGUAUAGUUUCGAAUUCUUUGCCUCGUUUCAUGACGUCGACAAUGGCGAGUCGACAAAGGCAAAGUUCUGCAGAAAACAAAGUGGCGACAGGGAGAGCAAAAACUUCGAGAUUUGGAACAAGAAGCUCUGUCCAAUUCUCGAGUUCCCAGUCAAUGAGUUACUCGGAUUUUCGUAUAAGAGCAAGCUUACACAUAUCAAAUAAGAAGUCGAGGUACGUCGAACCCGACACCCUCUCAACAGAAGCUCCUCAAGUGAACGUCCCAGAACUAAAGAAAGACCCAUUGCCAUUGCCAUGGCCGCAAAGCAAAUUGGUAACUUCGUCUGAUUCGAACUUGAAAGUUAUGGUUUCUCGUCACCGGAGAAGGAUGUCUGAUCUAAUCUAACCGUUUUCGACCGAAAGAAACUUGUCGAUAUGUAUUUCGUGUUAACUUUUUUUGGCCCUGUUUUUGUUUGUGCUGAUUGAAGUGGUUUCAUUUGUGUGUGAAAAUAGAGCAUAAAGGAAAAAGAGUUUAGGAAGAAAGGGUUCCUUAGUUUGACUAAUUGGGGUUUGUUUGUUUGGUUUGGUUAACAUUUUGUUAACAUGAUAUUUGUAACUCAUAUUUGGUUAACAUUUUCUUAUAUGUUUUGUGGGUAUCAUUGAGUUUGUU